CUCAAAAUCCUUGUCUCCAAAGUUUUCUCUCUCUUCUCUCAAUCUGGCCGACGCCUUAACGCGUUCACGCGUAUUUGCUUGUCGCUUCAUUUGUGGGUUAUCCCCUAUAUAUAAACCCAUCUGAACUUCUCUUUUCUUUAGGUGCAGAAAUAAAAGUUCGAAGCUUAUCUCUCAUUUUUCUUUCUCUGCAUCUUUUUUAAAAAACCAAAACCCCAAAUUUCACUUUCUUUUUCUUUUUUAUUCUUUAAAAAAAUAAACAAGAAGGCGUAUUGUUCGAAACCCAAAAUGCCUUCUUUACAGGAAGAACUGUUCCCAUCAACGCCUGGGAAGUUCAAGAUCGACCGGGCCCACAGCAUGAACCGUCAAUUCCACCGCUGUUUCGCUUCUACGAGCACCAUGUUCUUGUGGGCACUCUUCUUGAUUGCAUUAACGGCGUCGUAUUUGAGUUUCCAGAGUUUCGUCGAUUCCGGUAGCAAGUAUUUCACCGCCUCGUGGGGCGGUCUCCAGUGGGAGAAACAAGUGCGGGUCUCCUCCCAGAUCCGAAGAUCCGGCGGCAUGUCCGUUUUAGUCACCGGCGCCGCCGGUUUCGUCGGCACGCACGUGUCGCUCGCCCUGAAGAGGCGCGGAGACGGCGUCGUUGGGCUCGACAACUUCAACAACUACUACGACCCGUCGUUGAAGAAAGCCCGCAGGGCCCUCCUCGACAGCCACGGGAUUUUCGUCGUGGAGGGAGACAUAAACGACGGUCGUAUGUUGGAGAAGCUUUUCGACAUCGUGGCUUUUACGCACGUGAUGCAUUUGGCGGCACAGGCUGGAGUUCGAUACGCUAUGGAAAAUCCAAAUUCCUAUGUGCACAGCAAUAUCGCCGGACUCGUCUCGCUUCUCGAGGCUUGCAAAUCGGCGAAUCCUCAGCCGUCGGUUGUUUGGGCCUCGUCGAGUUCGGUUUACGGGUUAAACGAAAAGGUACCGUUUUCAGAAUCGGAUCGGACCGACCAACCUGCAAGUCUUUACGCCGCUACUAAAAAGGCUGGUGAGGAAAUUACCCACACUUACAACCACAUUUACGGCCUCUCCAUUACCGGGUUGAGAUUUUUUACCGUGUACGGCCCGUGGGGACGACCCGAUAUGGCUUACUUCUCUUUUACCCGGAAUAUUCUCCAAGGUAAACCGAUUAAGAUCUAUCGGGGCAAGAACCGGGUGGACUUGGCCCGGGACUUCACUUACAUUGAUGACAUUGUGAAGGGUUGUCUGGGAUCUUUGGACACGUCCGGGAAAAGUACCGGGUCGGGUGGGAAGAAACGGGGACCCGCUCCGUACCGGAUCUUUAAUCUGGGUAACACGUCACCAGUGACCGUACCGACACUUGUGAGUAUAUUGGAGAGGUAUUUGAAGACGAAAGCGAAGAGGAAUCUUGUGGAUAUGCCUGGAAACGGUGACGUUCCGUUCACUCAUGCGAAUAUUAGUUUGGCCCGAAGUGAACUCGGGUAUAAACCCACAACCGAUUUGCAAACCGGGUUGAAGAAGUUUGUUCGGUGGUACCUUUCUUAUUACGGCUAUAAUCACGGAAAACCCGUAAAUUAAUUUUCUUUUCUUCUCUUAUCUUUCUUUUGUUUUUACUCUUUUACCCUUUUUGUUAUUUUCUUGAAUUUUUCUUUCCCGUUAAAGUAAGGAAAAGAAAAAACCUGUUAAAGCAAAGGCACCCAAAAAAAAAAAAAAAAAAAAAAGACACAUUCUUUACUUGGGGAGAGUUAGAAAGGGACUCAUCCUCUGUAGUUUUGUUGUAUCUCAUAUCUUGUGUAUACAGUAAAAGUUUUUCGCUUUGUUUCACUCAA